UUAGUUAAUGAGGAAAUCGAGGCCUUGCAGCCUGAAUGGAGAGUUGUUUAUGUAUGAACCGGUCCACAGGGGUUAGGAGUGUAUUGCUUGCUGCAUACAAUGUGUUUUGACGGUAAGAUGAAACCAUCAAUACCAGAUCGAUAUCGCCAUCUGCCCGCCUUUGGGCUAGCUAUACCUCAAAAUUGUAAGACGCGAAAUCCAGUGCCGAAGUUUCCGGUAUGAGGACGAGAACGAAAAGGGGUGUAAGCGAAUCUCUCGGAUUCUACCAUAUCUGCACAUAGUCGCUGUAGCAGCCUAUGGAACAGGCGAUGUGAAGUGGUUACGUUUUGUGAUGCAGGCACCUACGCAUCGCCAAGCAGUGGGACUUUUUCGGCUUUUUACACAACCUUGAAUAGCCGACCACCGCUCUGGGCAGAUGAGAGAUAUUUUUGGUGAAAGUCAGGGCUGUCAUAACGGAUAUCGGGAAACUGGGAGUUGAUUAAAACUGUGGACAUAAUCCUUUUACCUCACCAAGAAACCUCCUCCGCAGCCAAAGUGUCAACCCUGCAUCCUGCUCACUGAAGCUCUGUUCCAAGAGAGUGAUCGAGGCUUUGUUUGGUACUAUUCAUCAUUUUAAAGCUGACUGCAGAGGUAGCAGUCCUCCCUGAUCACCAGACCUGAUUUGACCUGUUAAUGGUUUAGCUCAGCCAGCCAGCAUGAUUCCUUCUCCCUGUGUCUGAUUCAGAGAGGAGCUCUGCCCGGCCUCCUCUCCCCACCACCUCCCCUCACGUUGUUGCAGGAGCUGAGCCUCUGCUGCCCAGGGAGGGCUCCCGAUAUGUCCACCAAGGCGCCCAUCUAUCUGAAGCGGCGGAGCAGGAAGGGGAAGAAGGAGAAGCUGCGGGACAUCCUUUCCUCUGACAUGAUCAGUCCUCCGCUGGGGGACUUCCGCCACACCAUCCAUAUCGGGAGCGGCGGGGACGACGACGACCUGUUUGGGGACCUGUCCUUCCUGCAGGGGAAGUUCCACCUUCUACCUGGGCAGCAGGGCCACAACCUGUCUCAGCGCUCCUCCAUGUACGCAGAGCCCUUCCAGUUCAGCCGUACUGCCAGCGACAGCGGACACACACCCUCCUCAGAGAGCUCCCCCCUGCUGAAGAACGCCCUCUCGCUGCCCGUCAUCGAAGGGGUGCAGGCCAUCACCCUACCAGUCACCUCUGCACCCUCCUCGGCCCGCCCCCAUCCGCCUCAGAACGCGCCCCCUCCACCCAAGCCUCCCCGACUGCACCUGGAUGACGAGAUCCUGACGCCCCAUCACCCAAGCCUGGAGUCGUCUUCUCCCUCAGCACAGGUUCCCAGCAAGAUGUCCCAGUUCUGCCCGCCCUCCCCCAGGUUGUCAUCAGGCGAAGAUGUGUGUAUCCAGGACCCUUAUCUGGAUGAUGGGGACCAGGAGCGCCCCUACCUGUCCCACGCAGGCUCCCUGCUCUCCCUGCACCUGGACCUGGGCCCCUCCAUCCUGGACGACGUGCUGCAGAUUAUGGAUAGCCAGCGCCUCAGUGGCCUCAAUGGAACCUGUCUGCAGGGAGGGCGGCAGGAGCUCUACACCUGACCAUGAGAAGCCCUCGGCUCUCUGUCCUCUUACUGACCCCCUUAGCGUAUAAGAGGAGGUUCUGACCUCAAACAAGCCUUGCUGGAUUACAAGGCUGGAUUUGUACAGUAGUACGCUCAUAUGAAGUGCUUUUUUCCCCUGGAACUUAACUUCAGUUGCUGUUAGUGUUUUAAUUGGUAUUGAAUAUCUUUCUACGCUUUUCCAUGCAAAUUACUUAAUAUAGUAAGUAUGAAAUGAAGUGACCAUGAGCCAAAAGCUGACACUGUUAAAUCUCCUCUACCCUUCCCCCAAAGAGGAUAUGAAGAAACCGGUGAAAGAAUAUACUGCUGGUCAGGAACUGAGGUCAGCAUGUAUCUGACUGGGAUCAUAUUUGUCAGUGGGACUGAAAGGGUAUUGUAAAACCUGAAGGUCACAGUUAGAUUAUUUAUUUUUUUACUGCACCUGAGCUGUGGACUACUGUCCGUGCUCCUGAGAUCACAGUUUGGUGUCUGUGUCACACAGAUUUAUCCAGCUUACAAAGCUGUUCUUACAAACUGGAACUGACAUUCUAUUCAUGGUUGGAUACACAUGAUCAAAGACACGCUUAUGGAAAGAUGAACUGUACAACAGGGAGGGUGUCUGCCGAGUGGCGCAGCGGUCUGAGGCACUGCAUCUCAGUGCAAGAGGCAUCACUACAGACAGCCUGGUUAGAUUCCAGGCUGUAUCACAACCGGCCGUGAUUGGGAGUCCCAUAGGGCGGCGCACAAUUGGCCCAGCGUCGUCCGGGUUUGGCCGGGGUAGGCCGUCAUUGUAAAUAAGAAUUUGUUCGUAACGGACUUGCCUAGUUAAAUAAAGGUUUACAUAUAUUAGUUUUAAAUGUCUGCAAGGACAAAGAUCCAGAGUGGUAGAGGAGGUCACAUCCCUGAGUCAGAUGUGUCAUUUUCCUUUUGUUGUUUUUAAUGCAAGAAUGUGAAUGCUGUAACUUUGCAUCAGGAGAGACUAUGAGUUUUAGAGAGCUCAGUUCUAUAUCUUUUGACUUUUCAGCAGAUCUACAGAGAGCUGCUUAAACUGGCCCUCAUGCUCUGGUAAUUGAGAUGUUGAGCACGUUUGGAGAUUAUCUCACCGCUGUAGCCCUCCAAGUCCUUGUGUUGCUCAAACUAUCUCUGUACCAACACAGCAAAGUUCUGAAUCAGACUUUUACCAAUGUUAUUUGGAAUUCUUGUUACAAGAUACAGGGAGAGGGUUUUAAUUUGAGCCAGUUUGCUACAGCAGGAAAAUAAUACUGCAGCAACAGGAAAUGUGAAUUAUUACGUGGAUCAUCAUUAAUGGACAUUCUUGUAGGGGUUGAUACAUUUUAAAUCUGAAAUUUGUGGAAAUGACAAACUAACACAGUACAGGAUAGAGUUGCCAGAUCACCGUUUGCUUCAUGGGGUAUACAGUACCAAUCAAAAGUUUGGACACACCUACUCAUUCAAGGGUUUUUCUUUAUUUUGACUAUUUUAUACAUGGUAGAAUAAUAGUGAAGACAUCAAAACUAUGAAAUAGCACAUGUA